AUGUGGUUCUUAAUUUUUUUAGUCUGUUUGGUUAUAUGGGCCGGUGGCACAUACCGGUACCUGUAUGGGACACCGAGCCCUUUCUCCUUGGAGUCAGUGAGACCUCCUGGACCUCGAGAGUUUGAUCAGAAGAAGCGGGACAAAGUUAUCAAGCAAGGCUUCCGCCUCGACAAAGUGCCCCAGAACCUGGAUGUUAUUGUCAUCGGGAGUGGUAUUGGUGGGCUGACAGCUGGAGCCACACUGGCCAAAGCAGGAAAGAAAGUCCUGGUGCUGGAACAACAUUACCAAGCAGGAGGCUGCUGCCACACCUACAUCGAGAAAGGAUUCGAGUUUGAUGUUGGGCUUCACUACAUUGGUCAGGUUGGCGAGAACAGUCUGCUGCGCGUUGCCUUUGACCAGAUCUCUGAGGGCCAGUUGGAGUUCCAUGAACUAAAUCAACACUUUGACACCAUUCAUAUUGGCCUGGGCGAUGAGAAACGAGAGUACACAAUUUUAUCUGGUAAAACUGAAAUGAAAGCCCAUUUGAUGAAGCAAUUCCCUGAUGACACAGAGGCCAUCGAGACGUUCUUCAAAAUCAUGAAGGUCUCAGCCAAGCAUGCUUACUACCUGGCAAUUCUAAAGAUAUUACCGCAGUGGGUCUCUUUAUUCCUGCUGAAGUCAGGCAUCGGAAACCUUGUCUCAUCGGUGUUCCGCCUCUCUGGCUCAUCUGCAACAGACUUUGUGAACACCCUGACCAGCAACAAGGACCUCCAUGUCAUCUUUGCUUAUCUUUUCUAUGGUGUGCCUCCAAAGGACUCCAGUGUUAUGAUCAAUGCCCUCCUGAUUCAUCACUACAAACGAGGUGCCUUCUACCCUAAAGGUGGUGCCAGUGAGAUUGCCUUCCAUAUCAUCCGCACCAUUCAGAAAUAUGGAGGAAACUGCCUGGUCAGAGCUCCCGUCUCCAGGAUUUUGGUUAACGAGAAAGGAGAAGCUUAUGGUGUGAAAGUGAGGAAAGGUCAGGAGGAAGUGGAGGUUCUUGCACCUGUAGUUGUUUCAAACUGUGGCAUCUUCACCACUUUCCAGAAACUUCUUCCACCUGAGAUUACAGUCAAGCCAGAUAUUCAGAAAAGACUGGACAUAAUGAAACAUGGCAGAGGAUCCUUUUUGGUCUUCUCUGGCUUUGAUGGAACGGAAGAGGAGUUGGGCCUCAAGUCCACAAACGUCUGGCUGUUCAAAGACAAUGACAUGGACAAGUCGAUGGAUGACUUCUUUGCAUUGAGUAAAGAGGAAGCACCAGAUAAUAUUCCCAUGAUGAUGAUCACAAUACCAUCUUCCAAAGACCCAGAAGCCAAAAUAAGACACCCUGGAAAAUCUUCCAUGACAAUACUGAUGAUGGUGAAGUAUGAAUGGUUUGAGGAAUGGAAGGACACUACUGCACGUAAAAGGGGCGAUGAAUACUAUAACUACAAAAUGAGAUUUGCUAACAACCUCUUUGACUGGGCCUGUAUUUUUUUCCCUAAAAUCAAAGACAAGUUGGUAUUCCAGGAGGUGGCGACCCCACUGACCAACACGCACUAUUUGGGUGCCCAGCGUGGAGCCAUGUACUCCUCAGAGCACAACCUAGAGCGUUUCCAAGCCGAGACUGUGGCGAGGAACAGGUGCAGCACCCCUGUCAAAAACCUCUACAUCUCAGGUCAAGAUGUGUUCAGCUGUGGGAUAGCAGGCGCUCUGCAUGGUGGACUCCUCUGCGCCUCUGCUGUGUUGAAUCACAUUGUCUACCUUGACUUGGACGUCAUCAAGAAGACGCUGAAGAAGAGAAAAGCCAGAGAGUUGGCCCAGCUGGCUAAAAAGAAACUGCAGUGAGACCACUCUCUACUUCCCCUGCAGGACAAUAGGGAAACUGCACAAACCAGGACUGUUAAAGGACCCUUGAUUGUUAUGGGAACACACCAGCACUGAGUCCAAGAUCGAUUUUAUACACUAAUAUUAUGAAGUCGAAACAUACUAAUGCCAAUAGAGUACUUUUCUUACAGUUACAAGGACGUUAUGUUAUCUCCUGUUUGUACUAAAAGGAAAUAAUACAGCUGUGGUGAACACUAUAGCCAGUUUCUACUAAA